GUAAUGGGUUCAGCAGGUGGAGCCCUAAUUCAGUAAACUGGUUCAGUUUACUGUUCCUGAAAUGAGAUGAACGUGAGAUUGACAGAGCCGCUCAAAAACAGCUCCGCUUCAAGUUAGCUUCAACAAUGCGAUAGUUAGACAGAUGAAGUCAACAAGUCUCGCUUACUUUUUAGUCUUGUCUUCAAUUAUAGACGCGCAUCGCUGAGGCGUGUGUCAGUGUUUGUGUGAGAGAGAAGUUAACCAUCUUUUUUAGAGUUGUCAAGAUAUUUCAUUUGCCUGUAUCAACAACCUUUUUGUCAAGUGUGCUGUUGGACCAUUCAAGAGGAACACAUGAAUCGCAAAAUUGGUGCACAUGUUGCUCACUUGUUGCAUUUUAUUCGCUAAUUAAUAUCAGUGUGGAAGACUUCAUUCGUCAAGAUGGUAGAAAACGGAUCGCAAAAGUGUCAAAUAGCCUAGUGACUGAGAUGGACCUAUAGAAUCUGGAACUGAAAUAGAGACAGAUGGACCUGAAAUAAGUUUUUCGACAGUGACAGUGGAUGUGCAAGUUCCUUGCUAGGCUUCGUCACCACUCCGGACAGAGUGGCCCAUGGACCUGCGUACCCAGAGUACGAGUACGACAUGGAGCAGAGUCGCCAGGAGAAAGAGCCGGACAAGAGACAGGAACUGCAGCAGCUGAUGUAUAAGGAUAAGAGUGAGCAAAGUGCUGUGGCCAGUCCCCUGGUGAAACAGAAACUCAGAAGCCAAAUCCUGAAGAGGACGGAGCAGGCCGCCCUGGAGACGACCGCCUCCAACCCCACCAGAAACACGCCCAGGAGUUACAGGGAACUGGCCCCAGAUCCUGACAUGCCCCCAAAGCCUCACAUGGUGACCCCUGUUGUCCAUCAUCCACCAUGUGACCAACGCAAGGACAUGCCCCUCAGAAGAACAGCUUCUGAUCCCCUCCUGAAGGUGAGAAGUAAACUGAAGAAGCACAUCAACUCCAGGCAGAACCCUCUCCAACGCAAGACCAGCACCCCGCCCACAAUCAAGCCCAGAAUGCCGGAUACUCUGGACUCCUCCCCCAGCAGCAGUACAUGUAGCACUCCAGUGUCUGGGUGCAGCUCGCCCAAUGACAGCCUUCUCUCGGACAGCCCACUUACUACCGGACUAACCCACGUGGCUCAGAGGUUGCUACUCCAGGAUGGUACGCUGGCCCACUUCAUGGUGCCCUGCUCCACCGCCCUGCCGAGCAUCAGCACUGGGCUUCCUGGCCAUGGUGAUUGGGAAACGGGUAGUUAUCAGAGGGUGGCCAGGGUACUGCCCCAGGUCUACCUGCCCAUGGAGAGACACAGUGCUGCCCACCAUCACCUCCAGCCCAUGUUCAUCCUGGAGCCCUCAGGACUGCUGCAUACACAGCUAGUCACUGUGCGAGGUCUGAACCCAGGCCUUAUCCAGUACCCCUCCUCCAGACUGGAAGGCCUGGCCACCUUGGGUCCCCACAGGCCCCUGGGUCGGACCCGGUCUGAGCCCCCACUGCCCUCUCACCAGCAGCACCAGCUACUGCAGCAGAACCACAAUCUGCUGCUGGAGAGACUCAAACAAAACACACACCUGGACCAGCCUCGUCUCACACAGAUCUCCUCGGUGGACAUGGACCCAGCGGAGAUCAGGUUAGGGGAGGAGGAUGGAUACCAGAGAAGUAGACAGAGUGGAACCAGCAGCUCUGAGUCAAUGUGGGACACAGAGUAUACAUCCUCACGAGACAGCCAUGGGGAACAUAUCAGGAAAUACACACCUCUGGUGAAUCAGUCAUUCCAUUGGGAGCAGUCCAGGCACCUUCAGGUCCUGACAGAAAGGCACAGACAGGUGACCUACCUGGACCCCCUGGGUGUGCCUGUGGUUCUUGGCCCUUCCCACCGCCCCCUUGGCCGCGCAAAGUCCUCCCCUGCCUCCACUUCUCUUCCCCCUCCUCCGCAGCCCACAGACACCCCGCUGUCUCUGGCCAGCACUGGUCCAGAGACCCCCACCAAGCUACGAUUCACCACUGGUCUGGUGUAUGAUUCUCAGAUGCUAAAGCACCAGUGCACCUGUGGCGACAACAGCCGACACCCAGAGCAUGCUGGGAGAAUCCAGAGCAUCUGGUCCAGAUUGCAAGAAAGUGGCCUCAGGAACCAGUGUGAGUGUAUCCGUAGCAGGAAGGCCUCUCUGGAGGAGCUUCAGUCUGUCCACUCCGAGAAGCACGUCCUGCUGUAUGGCACCAACCUACUCCAUCGUCUCAAACUGGACAACCGCAAGCUGGCUGGGAUCUUAUCUCAAAGGAUGCGUGUGAUGCUACGAUGUGGAGGAGUUGGGGUGGACAAUGAUACGAUCUGGAACGAGAUGCACACAUCAACAGCGUCUCGCUUGGCAGCAGGCAGCGUGACAGAGCUUGCACUCAGGGUGACACAGGGAGAGCUGAAGAAUGGCUUUGCAGUGGUGAGGCCCCCUGGACAUCAUGCAGCCCACUCUACCCCCUUGGGUUUCUGCUUCUUCAACUCCGUGGCCAUCGCAGCCAAGCAGCUCCAGCACAAACUCGGCGUCAGCAAGAUCCUCAUUGUGGACUGGGAUGUUCACCAUGGGAACGGUACCCAGUCGGUCUUCUACAACGACCCCAGCGUGCUGUACAUCUCCCUGCAUCGCUAUGACAAUGGCAAAUUCUUCCCCGGUAGCGGGGACCCAGCUGAGGUGGGAGUAGGAGCAGGUGAGGGCUUCAAUGUCAACGUGGCGUGGACGGGAGGCUUGGACCCCCCCAUGGGCGACGCAGAAUACCUAGCAGCAUUCAGGACUGUGGUGAUGCCGAUUGCCUAUGAGUUCUGUCCUGACGUGGUGCUGGUCUCAUCUGGUUUCGAUGCUGUCGAGGGACAUCUGGCGCCACUGGGGGGCUACAAAGUGUCAGCCAAGUGUUUUGGUUUUCUAACACGGCAGCUGAUGGGGCUGGCAGGGGGACGGGUUGUCAUGGCGCUGGAGGGGGGUCACGAGCUCACGGCCAUCUGCAAUGCCUCUGAGGCCUGUGUCAGGGCCCUGCUGGGCAUCCAGGAACCCCUGUCUGAAGCAGUCCUAGAGAGGAGACCCUGUCCCAACGCUGUCCUCUCUCUGCAGAGAGUCAUCCAGGCCCAGGGUGAGUACUGGCGGUCGUUGAGGGUGGUGGCCCACACAGUGGAUCAGUCAUACAUGCAGGCCCAAGGACACAGUCUGAGACGUGGCUCAGAGGACCACAAUGACACCGUCUCUGCCCUGGCCUCUCUCUCCAUGGCCAGCCUCACCACAAACAGAACACAACCAGAUGAACUUAUGGAGGGGGACAGAGACUCCAUGUAGACAAGUGCACUUUCCGACAAACCUAACACACACACACGCUCGCACACACACACACACACACACACACACACACACGCACACUGUGAUCCACUCAGCCCUGCUUCACUUGACCAGAAUCCACUGUCUCCAGUUGACACUGUACAGGCCAUAUCCUGACCACUAUAGGCAAACUGAGUAGCUUCCGCCUCACACACUCUUACACCUCAUCAGAACACAGUUCUACUGGCCUUACUACGACCACUCGCUUGAUUCGACCGCAUCUCAACCGCACACUGAUAACACAUCCCAUUAACAGGGUACAGGAGGACCAAGAGAGAGGAGAAUGAACACUGUCUUCAUGACAUGCCUCUGCAUGCCUCCCUCGUGUGUAACAUUGUGAACUGUGAGGACACAGAAGGAGAGGAGUAGCAGACCUGAGCAUAAACUGGAGGGGGGAAAGAUAUACCAUUAUAAACACCACCGGGGGGGAGGGGUUGAGACUUGACUUGUAGCAUGAAGUGACUUGACAAAGACCAGCUACAUGACUGGCUGUAAGCAGAGUCUCUCUGGGGAAGGGAGCUUCUUGUUUAACCUUCGGUCACAGGUUACCGCUGCACAUCGCCAUGCCGACAGAACCGAAUCACACAGAGAUGUAGGAAGUAGUCCCACGUCCCCACAGAAGUUACUAUGAAGGAGAACAGACAUCGCACCCUCACCGGGGGGACACUUAUCUCUUAUUGAUAAUGUCAUUUGAAUUUAUGUGACGCCAACAAAAUGAAGAAAAAGAAAGAAGACUGGGAAUUUUGUUCUGACUUUUUUUGCACUGUGUAUUUUGUCAUGUGAACCAAAGAGAGAAUGACAGAAUGGACCAUGUUGAAGCUCUCCUGGGAUUGACAAUAAAACAUGUAAAUUAUCAUACUCAUGUUUUUAAGCUGAUUUAAAUAUUGUAAGUUUGAUUUAUUGCGUAUUGUAUAUCAAAUGUCAAUACAUAAUGGUCAUGUUUUUUAAGUAGCAAAUAGAGAAGGCCUAGAACCCUGUGAUUCAGAGAUUUUCUAGUUGUUUUUCUUCCAAUGCAAAAGUGGGGUGUAAGACUCCCUGUCAGACAGCACUUAAGGAAAAGAUGAAAAGGUAUUAUUUAUAUCUCAAGUUGAUGGCAUCCUCAUUCUUUGUCAUUCUAAUGAUAACAUUUAUUAGGAAAUGAAUCCAAUGACUCACUGUGACAAUUCAGGAAACUACUUGUUAGUGAGAGAGGAGUCAGAUUAAACAGAGUCAGAUUAAACGUUCCAAAGGUGUUUCAGGCAAGGACACACACACCGCCAUACGGUCCUACUCUACGCUCGGCCACUCACAAAGUGUUUAUGCAUGUGUAUGUAAAUCACCGCAUUUACAUGUUGUCAGCAGGGUAUUUCAACGUAAUGAAGGUAAAAUACAACUAAUGUUGCUGGGUUCAAGGCAGAUUAAUAACACAGUUGAACUGACUUCAUAGUCUUAAACUCUGACUGGCACUUAAAAGCUGUCUGUUGACUUCACGGGACUCAAAACAAAACACAAAUGCACUUACAAUGUCUUAAAUGUUGGGAUUGUGUUUUAGUCAAAUUACACAUUUUUUACAUGUCUAUUCCACUCUGACAAUGCCUUUUUUAAAUAGUUGUUCUGUUGUGAUUUCACAAAGACCAGUUUUUUAACAUGUGGAUUUAUUGACAUGCCUGUUGUAUUUUGUAGGCUGUAUUUUUUUAAUGCUUAGUUUUCUACUAUGAAAGACAAGUGAACAAGGAUUUGUUCAUAUCAGAUUAUCUACCACUCGAUUUACAAAAAAAAAGUCAGGUAUUUUUGUUCCUGGACCAUACUGCAGUUAGCAUAUAAUGUUUGAAGUUAGCACUUAGUUGUUGGAGUCAGCUUGUUAAGUUCUACAUACUAUAGUCAGUCAGCUUGUUAAGUUCUACAUACUAUAGUCAGUCAGCUUGUUAAGCUAGCUGACUAUAGUAUGUAGAACAAUUGAGCACAGGUUGAGAGAAGACAAAAGUUAAAAGCCUUCUGUGAACAGCAUCCCAUUCGUAAAGUGGUAUGGCCUCUGAACAUAACUUCAAAGACUUUUGUGAAUUCCUGAUUGUAUUUCUAUUUAAACAGAGGUUUAUAUUAAAGAAAUAUGGAUUAAAAAACUGCUUACAUUUCUUGUGAGCACUUUCCAUUAAAUAAUGAUUUAUUUGUUACCCAUGUAAUGUUAUUGCAGUGCCUUGCUUAUGUAUCUUGUUAACAAAAUAUAUUUAUCUCACAGUGCUACAGAUUAAUUUGUACUAUGUUGUAUUGUUCCAGUACUUUUUAGUGCCUUAUAAUAAACAUUAUAGAACCCAUACUUUA